UCUCCAAACCGGAUCCCGAGGUUCAACCAUGGCUACGGCGCUGGUGUCUAUAGCUCGCGGACCCAUGAGGAUGAGGAAGCUCUUUCCAUUCAUUUACCGUCGUCCGGCGUCUACUAUCCCCUCUCAUUCUACCAGUUUCGUGCGUUUGCAAAAGCGAAGAGCAUUUACUUUGACGAUUGUGGAUUCAGGGUUUAAGGAGGUGCCUGAAGAAGAAAAGAGCAAGUUCGUUGGAAAUGUGUUCACCAGUGUUGCUUCGAACUACGAUCUCAUGAACGAUUUGAUGAGUGGGGGGCUGCACAGGCUAUGGAAGGACCAGUUUGUGUCCAAAUUGAACCCUUUUCCUGGAAUGAAGCAUCUUGAUGUUGCUGGUGGCACAGGAGAUGUUGCAUUCAGGAUUCUUGAAAAUAUCAAAUGUUUAAAACGCAGAGCACUACAAGAUGUAAUUGAUGAUAAAGUGAUGGAAGAAACCCAAAUUUUUGUAUGCGACAUCAACCCUAACAUGUUACGUGUUGGUAAGAAGCGGGCUCAGGAAAGAGGUAUUGCAAAUGACAAAUCACUCAUUUGGGUUGAGGGAGAUGCUGAAGACUUGAAAUUUGAAAACAGUUCUAUGGACGGUUACACAAUUGCCUUUGGGAUUAGGAAUGUCACACAUAUAGACAAGGUUCUUUCUGAAGCUUAUAGGGUGCUCAAGCCAGGUGGAAGAUUCCUUUGCCUUGAACUAAGCCAUGUUGAUGUGCCAAUUCUUAAAGACCUGUAUGAUUUAUAUUCAUUCUCAGUCAUUCCAGCAGUUGGUGAGAUAGUGACAGGUGAUCGUGAGUCUUAUCAGUACUUGGUUGAAAGCAUUCGCCGUUUUCCUUCACAGGAGAAGUUUGCCGGGAUGAUUGCAGAAGCAGGGUUUCAAAAUGUAGGGUAUGAGAAUCUUGUGGGAGGAGUCGUUGCAAUUCAUUCUGGGUUCAAGUUCUGAGAGUAAUAUUUUUAGAGACUUUUAAAUUGUUAUUACUGCAGUUUUUCAUUUGCUUUUGUCUUUUAAGGACUUUUAGAUAAAAAAUCAUUCAGCCAACUAUCAUUACUCUGUCUCAAAAUAAAAUUCAUGUUUGCAUUUUCACAAAGUUUUAAAAAAUAGAUAGUCUGUAAUUAG